GUGUUUCUUAUCCCCUGUACAGAGAGUAUUAUUCUCUGGAUCCGCACACAAAACAUCCAUACACCGAUCCCACUCCAAGACCCAUGCAUGUACUUACAAACCCAUGCAUUCAUUCGUUGCAUGUCACCUCCUACAGAGUAUCUGUACACGACUACUUGCUACUCUGUACUCACUGUCAUCCAUGUCUCUCCAAGAGGCUCAAUCCUCGCAUACUCUCGGCACCCCACGGACAGAGCCUCCCAUGGCAGCCAUGGUCCAUCUUAGUUCCCUUGGCCCCAUCCCCAUGGCCUUCGCGACCUUUUGGACCAUCCAGAAAAUUGUCUCGCCACAUGGCGCCAGCUCCGUGUCUCCAAGACGUGAUCUGCUUGGGGGCUUGGCGGGGGGGGGGGGAGGGAGGUCCCCGUAGUUUGUACUUCACACUCCGGAGCCGAAAAGACAUAAAGACCUUCUGGCGGCCUUCUAGUCUGUCGCCGUCUUUCCUGCUUUCCUCGGAUCGUCUUCCGUUCUCCAGUCUACCUUCUCCCUCCACCUCCUGCUUCUCCCCAGCCAGCCUGGUGUUACUCUUCCCCUAGUCUCUCUGGUCCGUGGUGGUGUCUGAUCUCUGAUCUUUGAUAUCCUUACCUAAACCAACCAAAGACGACUCGUCGACGACGACGACGACUCCGCCCAACAUGUCCAAGUUCCUGGGCAAGUUCAACGGCGCCUCGACGUCGGCCACCGCCAACAAGAAUGGCGACCUUCCCGCCGCCGCGACAUACGAUAGCGAAGUCGGUCGCAUCGAGGACGCCCGCGAGGCCAAGCGCACCAUCGGUGUCACCACGGCCAUCUUCCUCAUCGUCAACCGCGUCGUCGGCACCGGCAUCUUCGCCACCCCCGGCACCAUCUUUGCCCUCUCCGGCAGUGUCGGCCUCGCCCUCUUCAUCUGGGUCGCCGGCAUGAUUAUCGCUCUCGCCGGAACCGCCGUCUACCUCGAGUGGGGCACCGCCAUCCCCAAGAACGGUGGCGAGAAGAACUACCUCGAAUACGUCUUCCGCAAGCCCAAGUUCCUUACCACCGGCCUCUACACCGGCUACGUCGUCCUCCUCGGCUGGGCCAGCGGCAACUCGGUCGUCUUUGGCGAGUACAUCCUGCACGCCGCCAACGUCGAGGUCGACCGCUGGAACCAGCGCGCCAUCGGCCUUGCCUGCAUCACGACCGCCUUCUUGAUCCACGGCCUCGCCCUCAAGUGGGGUCUGCGCCUGCAGAACCUGCUCGGCUCCAUCAAGCUCAUCAUCAUCCUCAUCAUCAUCCUCUGCGGCUUUGUCGCCCUCGGCGGCCACGUCAAGCUGCCCGAGGACCAGAAGCCCAGGAACUUUGAAAACGCCUUCGCCGGCACCACCGGCAGCGCCUACGGCGUCGUCACCGCCCUCUACAACGUCAUCUGGAGCUACAUCGGCUACAGCAACGCCAACUACGCCCUCUCCGAGACCAGGAACCCCGUCCGCACCCUCAAGAUCGCCGCCCCCGUCGGCAUCAUCACCAUCUCCAUCCUGUACAUGCUCGUCAACGUCGCCUACUUCGCCGCCGUCCCCAGGGAGGAGAUCCUCGAGGGUGGCCGCCUCGUCGCCGCCUCGCUCUUCCGCAACGUCAUGGGCAGCAAGGCUGAGCGCGCCCUUUCCGUCUUCGUCGCCCUGUCUGCCUUCGGCAACGUCCUCAGUGUCAUCUUCUCCCAGGGCCGUCUCGUCCAGGAGCUCGGUCGUGAGGGCAUUCUUCCCUGGUCCCGCUUCUUCGCCAGCAACAGACCCUUCAACGCGCCCUUGGCCGGUCUCUUUGAGCACUGGCUGAUCUGUGUCAUCACCAUGCUUGCCCCCCCUCCUGGCGACGCUUACAACUUCAUUCUCAACCUCAUCAGCUACCCCCUCGCCAUCAUCAACGUCUUCGUCUCGGGCGGCCUCGCCUACCUCUACCUCAACCGCAAGGAGUGGAACUGGAACCCCCCCAUCAGCGCCACCCUGCCCGUCACCAUCUUCUUCAUGCUCAGCAAUGUCUACCUCGUCAUCGCACCCUUCGUGCCCCCCGAGGAGGGCCAGAACGUCUACGAGAGCCUCCCCUACUACCUCCACUGCGUCGUCGGCAUCGCCAUCAUCGUCGCCGGCGGUCUCUACUGGGUCGUCUGGGCCAAGAUUCUCCCCAAGCUCGGCAAGUACGAGCUGGUCCGCGAGACCGUCGUCGACGACAUCGACGGCUGGGAGCGCAACGUCUUCUUCCGCCGCCCGUACGGCGAGUCUGUCGGCUCGGAGCACAACGACAUCUCUCAGCAGGUGUCCAAGUAGUUGUCGCUCGCCCGACCCGGUUUGCUUGUUUAACACGGCCGCGGCAAUGGCCUUUGUACAGCUUUAAUGAAUACCGCACUUGCGUCGUUUAAUAUAUACCCUAGAAGUACUGCAUACAUAAUAGAACAACUCCUAAUGUUCCACC